GAAGGCGCACACUGGGCCAGUUGUGCCGGUCACUCCCGCAGAGGCGAUGGCCUUUUUGUCAAGAGUUCUCUUGUCUUCGCCCAGGACACCCUCUCGCAUUGACAAUCGUGACAGUGGCGCACAAAGGAGGAGAGAGAUGCAUUUUCAAAGGCGCCAUUCUUUCCCGAUUGGGUGGUGACCGCGGGGCGCCUUGGGUGGAUCAUUGUGCAAAACUUGGAGGAGGUGAACAACACGCGGAUGAGUUGCGGGAGCAUCUCGUCACCCCGUUGGCGUUUUUGGAUCAGCCGCUCCAAGUUUUUACGCAUCGCUUUUACGCACCGGGUUGCUGUCAACGCGCACGUCUUUGUGGAGUUGUCUUGGGUCUGGUACCUGUCAGAGUGAUAUUCCAAUGAUGUGACGUCACGAUCUCGGUGGUUUAAAAAAAAAAAAAAAGACAAACUUCUGGAUCUGUCUCUACCUAAAGGAUGCCGCUUGAUAAACUGACAAACAUGGAGGAAAAACUGUGGAUAUUGGAGGACCUGAAUAUGAUGUACAUCCGGCAGAUUGCUCUCAGUUUGCAGGACAGCGACAUCCAGAAAAAAAUCGACCAUGAGAUCCGGAUGCGCGACGGGGCCUGCAAGCUGCUGGCCGCCUGCUCGCAGCGAGACCAGUCCUUGGAAGCGGCCAAGAGCCUGCAGACGUGCAGCACCCGCAUCAUGGCCUACAUGUCCGAGCUGCAGAAGAUGAAGGAGGCGCAGGUCAUGCAGAAGGCCACGCGGAGGUCGUCCGACGCCGGGCCCAUGGAUGACCGACUGCCGUGCAAAGGAAAAGUCGCCAUAUCGGAUCUGCGUAUACCUCUCAUGUGGAAAGACACCGAGUACUUCAAGAACAAAGGAGAGCUCCAUCGCUGUGCAGUGUUUUGCCUGCUGCAGUUGGGAGGAGACAUCUUCGACACGGACAUGGUGAUAGUGGACCGCACGCUCACGGACAUUUGCUUCGACAACAUCAUUGUAUUCGGGGAAGCCGGCCCUGCUUUCGAGCUGCGCGUCGAGCUGUACAGCUGCUGCUCAGAAGACGACUUCUCCGCGGGGAGCACGCCCAGGAAGCUAGCCAGCAAGCUGAGCUCCUCCUUGGGUCGCUCGGCCGGCAAGAAACUGCGGGCGGCUAUGGAGCCUGGGCCCUGCAGCCCAGUGAGCAACGGAGGGGCCUCGCCUCUUUUGCUGCCGGUUCCUUCCGUACCGGGCCCCAAGUACCACCUGCUGGCUCAUACCACCCUGUCGCUGUCACACGCCCAGGACAAUUUCCGAACGCACGACCUCACCAUCUCGGGCAACGAAGAGUGCUCGUACUGGCUGCCUCUCUAUGGAAGCGUGUGUUGCCGCCUUGCAGCCCAGCCUCAGUGUAUGACCCAGCAGAUGAUGAGCGGACCUUUAAAAGUGUCGCAGUUGGGUGGCGGCCCUCCCAGUUGGACCAAAGUCUACGCGGUCUUGAAAGGAACCAGCCUCUCCUGCUACCAACGACAAGAAGACGUCCAGGACGGUGGCGUGGACCCGGCUUUCACCAUCGCCAUCAGCAAGGAGACGAGGAUACGCGUGUCAGAGAAGGACGCUCAGGGCAAAGCUCAGAACGUUUGCAUCAGCAACCAGUACGGCGGCGAAGACGUCACGCACAUUCUCACCACGGACAGUCGCGAGGAGACGCACAAGUGGAUGGAGGCCUUCUGGCAGCACUUCUACGACAUGAGUCAGUGGAAGCAGUGCUGCAAUGACUUGAUGAAAAUUGAGCAGCCGUCGCCACGGAAACCAACCCCCGUCGCGCCGAAGCAGGGCUCCCUUUACCACGAAAUGGUUAUUGAGUCUUCGGACGAGUUCGGCAGCAACGUGUCGGACAUGUUGGCCCGGAGGAUGCAGGAGUUGGCACUGCGCAGCCAGCUGGGCACCUCUCCCACCUGGAUGUCCCUCUUUGAGGAGAACCACCCCAAAAGCGCCGCCCCCCCUGGUCCUUGCAGCUCCCGCCUGGCGGGGCCCCUCGACCCACAGCGCCUCACCCGGAGCCCCGCCAGCCCCCCGCGGGCUCCGCUGUCCUCCAAUGCCAGCCUGACGUCAGACAGCGACAGCCACUGCAGCACCAGCCCGUGCUCGCGCCACCACGGCUGGCCCGAGCCCUCGCCGGGCUUCUCCCUGUCGUCCCCGUCCCGCCACCGGCCGCGCACGCUCUCGCUGGAUGCCAAGCUCAGCACGCUACGGGGGAGGGGCUACGCAGGAGGGGGCGCCUUCCGCUACACCUGCCGGCCUCCCGCUUCGUCCCGCUCGCCGCUGUCCCAGCGCAGCGCGCAGACGGCGCUGUCCGGCUCCACCUCCAGCAGCAGCUCCAGCAACAGCGAGGGCGGACACAGCCCAGAGACGUCCGAGUGCGCCGCCUUCUCGCGGCCUUCGCCGGCCAGACGCAGCCUCAGGAACCUCAGGGCCAGACUGGACCCCCGCAACUGGCUCCAAAGUCAGGUGUGACCCCAAGCCGAGGAAGUGACAAUCAAUGGGAGCUACUUUGAGACAUUUGGGCUCACGCUGCUUGGGAGCACCUGUCCACCUUUCAAACUGGAAGCUCACGUCUCCUCUGUUCAUUCACUCGCAGUUUUGUCGGGACUAAAUGAAGUGUUUUUCUAACAAAGGUGUCCGGUAUGUAUGCUUUCGUUGCAAGUGAGCAUGUGGCGGAAGGCCUUUAAAGCUAAGGUGUCCAAACUACGGUCUAGGGGCCAUUUUCGGCCCACGUCAAACAAUAUAGUAAAACUAACGUUUGCCUCGGGAUGGGCACCACUGCACUUUUUUUUUCUAAACUUGGUGGCAGAGCAGAAGAAGAAGUUGAUUCAUCUCUCAUUCCUUGUUUUCCACAUGUCCGCCAAAUGUUUAUUUAUAACACUACAAGGAAUAAAGAUAAUUCAGGUACAGCAGCUAAUCCACUUUCUACCCUCUGUCAAAGGUCAUUUUAGCACCGAUUUCUCGUGUCAUCCAAUACAGUAACAUAUAAAGGCGAUUUAGAAUCGCUUCAUCGUGUUCACCGACACGGUUGGAUUGGUUUUAGCAUGUUGGAUUUUUCCCGCAUGCGGCCCUUGGAAGAAAAAGUCUGGACACCCUUGCAAAUACUGUGAUCUGUCGUUAUUUAAGAAUAUUCACACACAAGUAUGAUCUGCUGUCACUCCGCCAGGUUGUAUUGUUGCUAUUUUUAUCCUUUAUUCAUUAUUUGGCAAUUAUAUGUCAACAAUUUGAGAUGAUUGGAUUAUCAUAGACCGUUCAAUCGAAUUUAAUUCAACUGCACUGGAUUAGCGGCGCAUUCUAAAUGGAUUGUUAUUGAAGCAUUCUUUAUCAGUUCAGCUCAGACAUCCAUUUUCCCCUUUUUACUGAAAAUAAAAUUGUCAAAAGUGGCAUUUGUUACUGUACUUAAAUUUGUAUAAAUUCACCAAUAAGAUUCCUCGCUCGAUCUUUGCGUUCCAUCGUUGUGGAUGAUUUGCAGCUCGACUGUCACGGAUUGAAUCGACUUGUAUCGGCAGCCUUUGUGUUUCUGCAUGUACGCCAUCAAAGGAGACAUGAGAAAUGUGUGAAUAGAAAAUUAAUAAUAAUAAUAAAAUGGUUUAUCAAUUUA